GUGUUGUUGAGCAAACGUGCCUCAUACCUUCAUCUCCGGGUUACGAUCCAACUGCCGCCUCUGCUAUACAACCACCUAUGACGCCAAUUUAUGGACCUCAGGUUAUCGCCCCUCAAGUUCACGCUCAGCUUACUGCUCUGCCGAGCACAUCUCUUGUACAUAAUUUGGUAUCUGUUGUAAUUCAUCUGAGAAAAAUCAAAAAAGAUAAAACCAUACCGCUCGGUAAUGAUAUCUGA